AUCCAUAUGCGCUCCUAACUAGGCCAUAGAGACCAGGACGCUGAGGUAAAAAAGAAAGAAAAAGAAAACCCAUAAUCAACAAGAUGUACGCAUCAGAACCCAAUACCAAUACCAAGAGCAGCAAAACUAUAACCUUGAACCUUCUUGUAGACAACAGCUCUAACAAGGUGGUGCAUGCAGAAGCCAGGAAGGAAUUUGUGGACUUCUCUUUGGACUUCUACAGAUACCUCUUGGUUCCAUAAUGGAACUUCUUUGGAAUCAUGGCAUGGCUUCAGGGUCAGGGUCUUUGAGUAAAGUCUAUGAGAGUAUCCAAAACCUUGACCCUUGCUAUGUUCAACCAAACCUAACCAAGGAUUCUCUCUUGAGGCCUAACCCAGCCUUCUCAUCAGCCACUUAUACCAGUUGUUGCUGAACUUUGUACCACCAAACCAAAUGACCAGCACUGAAGCACAAAAAACAUCUAAUUGUGUAUUUGGUUCAACCUCUUCCUACUUUACCUCUCCACCUCCACCCUGUUCUGCUUUCUCAAGAUCACAAGAUACGGUUGGGCGAAGCCCGUAUUCAUUUGGUUACUCUCAGGAAAAAGUGGUGGCUCAACACAAGGAUACAGGGUAUGUUAGAGGUGCGGUGGUAUAUAUGGUGAUGGAUGAUCUAAUGGUGAAACCCAUGUCAACCAUUUCUAGCAUUUCGCUUCUAAACGAUUUAAACAUCAAAGAUAUUAGUUCCCUCCAGGAGAAGGAGGUUGAGGUUGACAUGAAGAAGGGCUUGGAGCUGGUAAGGGCUUCAUUUGACUCUACCACAGUUCUUACAGAUGUUUUCCUUGGGAAUAAGGUACUUGAGGAGUUGCCUUAGCAGCCAAAUCUAACAUGACUAGGAGAUUCUCCAACGGUUCAUUUUGAUUUUCAGAAAUCAAGGGAGAAUUGCUAAGCUAUGUAGAUAUGUAAAUUAUGGGUUUUGAGUAACGUGGGUUGUUUUUUUGUGUUAAAAAUGGUAGAAGUGCUGGGCUAUGUAUGUGCUUUAUGGGGUUUUAGCUAAAACCUAUUUCAUUUGUGUUUCAUGACCAUCUUAAUUGAUGAUUUGUUUCUACUCUGGAAAGUUCUAUUCUAAU